GCAGGUCUCCUCGUGAUGACAGUAAAUGACAGCAGCGUUCGCUAAUGAAGAAGGCAGUGUGAGACCGCUAACCGCCAACAAACACUUGACUGACUCGAGAAAUCUUAUGAUCAGCUGUGUUUAGAGGAGGUGGGAACAAUUAGUACGGACUAAUUACGUUUGUCAUUUGCCUCUCUGCCUGAGUGAGCCGUUGAAGAUGGUGAAGCCAGAUAUCCACACUCUGGCCCACCACCUGAAGCAGGAGCGGCUGUAUGUGGCGUCAGAGAAGCAGCUGAUCCAGAGGCUCAACAGUGAUGUGCUGAAGACAGCUGAGAGGCUGUACCGCGCUGCAUGGAUCGCAAAGCAGCAGCGCAUCAACCUCGAUCGUCUCAUUCUCACUAGUGCUGAGGCCUCUCCGGCUGAAUGCUGCCAACAUGCCAAAAUGUUGGAAGAUACACAGUUUAUUGAUGGCUACAAGACGCUGGGCUUUCAUGAAACAAUCUAUGGAGAGUUCUUGGCCAGGUUGAGGGAUAAUCCCCGGCUGGUUGCGUCCUGCUUGGUGGCAGGAGAGAGGCUGAUCCAGGAGCACACUCAAGGUGCCAUAUAUACAGUCUUCACCUCACUUUAUGGCAACUGUAUCAUGCAGGAGGAUGAGAGCUACUUACUACAGGUGUUGCGGUACUUGAUAGAGUUUGAGCUGAAGGAGAGUGACAACCCUCGUCGUUUACUCCGACGGGGAACCUGUGCCUUCAGCAUACUGUUCAAGCUCUUCUCCGAGGGCCUUUAUUCCGCCAAGCUCUUCCUCACUGCCACCCUACACGAACCUAUUAUGCAGCUUCUGGUUGAAGAUGAGGACCACCUGGAAACCGACCCAGCCAAAGUGACGGAGCGCCUCACUCCGGCCCAGCAAGAGCGCUACGGAGAGAAAGGCUCUGAGGGCUACAAGCAGAGGGUGCAGGCAGCUGUCGAAGCGAACGAAGCCAAGCUGGUCGCUCUGGUCAACAAGUUUAUCGGUUACUUGAAGCAGAACACCUACUGCUUUCCUCACAGCCUGCGCUGGAUCGUGUCCCAGAUGUACAAGACUUUGUCAUGCGUAGAGCGUCUUGAGGUGGGAGAGGUGCGCACCAUGUGUACAGAUCUGCUGCUGACCUGCUUCAUUUGUCCAGCUAUAGUUAACCCAGAGCAGUAUGGCAUUAUCUCAGACGCACCGAUCAAUGAAGUGGCUCGCUUCAAUUUAAUGCAGGUGGGGCAACUUUUGCAGCAGUUGGCAAUGGCCGACGAUGAUGCAGACCCAAGGCGGAAAAGCAGUUUGUCCAAGUUUGAUAAGAGUUGUGUUGCUGCUUUUCUGGAUGUGGUGAUUGGCGGAAGAGCAGUUGAAACCCCACCCAUGUCCUCAAUGAAUCUUCUAGAAGGCCUCAGUAGGACUGCAGUCUAUGUUACUCAUAAUCAGCUGCUUUCUCUGGUGGAGUUUGUUCGAGGCUUGAUGGCAGGGGACCACCUUAGAGAGGAGGAGCACAUGGCAUUGGAGACCCUGCUGGCCAAUGUGCCUCAGUCUCGGACUGUUAAGAGCAACAGCCUGGAGCUCACUCCAUCCAACACCCCUCAGCUCUCUCCAGCUACUACUCCUGCCAACAAGAAGAACAGACUUCCUAUAGGACAACACUUAGCUGCUAUAACAUCCUGGGACCCCACAACCACCACCCUGUCUGCACACAUUCCAUUAGUAACCCCUUUUGCAUCUGCUCGAAGCCGGAGCCGUUCCAACAUAGCCCAGGAGGGGGAGGCAGAGGCCAGCUCCCAAGAGUCCCUACAGGAGCUGGUACCAGAGGAGGUGCUGGUAAUUUCAUUGGGAACUGGUCCUCAGACUGUCCCUGGGAUGAUGUCAGAGAAUGAGGUUUUGAAUCAGAUGGCUGAUGGGGCCCAGGUGGAUGGCCAUGCUGAUGACACUAAGCUGCAUGGAAAACCAGACAAAACAUUGCGCUUCUCUCUGUGCAGUGACAACUUGGAAGGAAUCUCAGAGGGCCCUUCAAAUCGUUCUAAUUCUGUGUCAUCUCUGGACCUGGAGGGAGAGUCUGUUUCUGAGCUGGGAGCUGGCCCGUCAGGGAGCAACGGGGUAGAGGCCCUGCAGCUUUUGGAGCAUGAACAGGCCACGACACAGGACAACCUCGAUGACAAACUACGCAAAUUUGAAAUCAGAGACAUGAUGGGUCUGACAGAUGACCGGGACAUCUCCGAGACGGUCAGCGAAACCUGGAGCACCGACGUGCUCGGCAGUGACUUUGACCCCAAUAUGGACGAAGAUCGGCUACAAGAAAUAGCAGGGGCAGCUGCGGAAAAUAUGCUCGGCAGCUUGCUGUGUCUUCCUGGCACGGGUUCAGUUCUGCUGGACCCCUAUGGUUCCACCAUCUCAGAGACCACAAGCGAGGCCUGGAGUGUAGAGGUCCUGCCUAGUGACUCAGAAGCCGCAGACCUGAAGCAGGAGGAGCGUCUGCAGGAGCUGGAGAGCUGCUCUGGGGUCGGCAGCACCUCAGAUGACACAGAGGUCAGAGAAGUCAGCUCGAGACCCAGCACACCGGGCCUCAGUGUCGUCUCAGGUAUCAGUGCAACGUCAGAAGAUAUCCCCAACAAGAUUGAGGAUCUGAGGUCAGAGUGCAGCUCAGACUUCGGAGGGAAGGACUCUGUGACCAGUCCAGAUGGGGAGGAGUCAGGCCACGGAGCACACCAUCUGACAUCUCCACCAUCACAGGUUGAUUCCUUGCUGGCCAUGUUUGAUCCCCUUUCCACCGCCGAAGGCUCCUCCACGGGAACAAUAGUGAGGCCAAAAGUGCACUAUGCCAGGCCCCCUCACCCCCCUCCCGAUCCUCCCAUCCCUGAAGCCAGUGCCCUGGGGCAGGAGACUCGCCACUCUCUUUUCACACCCCACUGCUUGGCCCAGUCCGAGCUGGAACACACCAAGCAGCGCCACUCGUUCCCUGACAGGCUGGUCCGCAGCCGCAGCUCUGACAUCGUGUGCCCAGGUCGCCGGCCCACGAGUGACCCCGGCCUUAACCGGCGGGUAGCAGUCGAAGAGCGCGACCCUGCCGGGGCUUUCGCCUUGGGUCCAUCCUCAUCCCCCAGCAAGGACUCCCUGAAAGGAGAGGUUGAGGACAGAAAAGACAGCGACGAUGAGAAAUCUGAUCGCAACAGGCCGUGGUGGAAGAAACGUUUUGUGCCAGCCAUUCCCAAAGCUCCAAUUGCAGCAUUUAGGAAAAGGGACAAACAAGAGAAAGAUGAAGUUGUCCACAAUAUCCCGCAAGAUGACCCGUUGCUCAGAUCGAGCACUCAAGCCCAGGCAGCUGAGGACAUCCUGGACAAAUACAGGAACAUUAAAAGGACCAGCCCGAGUGAUGGAGCCACAGCCGGAGCCUCCUAUGAUGGUGCAGGAGAUCUUUGUGUUGAGGACAAUGUGCAUGACGCUCAGAGAGAAGACACUUUGCAGAACAUUUCUGCAGAUGAUCUCCCAGACUCAGCCAGCCAGACGGCACAACAGCACGAAACAAAGUUCUCUUUCAGUGAUGCAAAGAAGAAGUUGAGGUUGGCUUUGUGUUCUGCAGACUCAGUGGCUCUGCCUAUCAUGGCUCCUGCAACUACUCGAAAUGGGCUGCCUGAUCACAUGGAUCCUGAAGAAAACGAGAUUGUCUGCUUCUUGAAGAUCCAGUUAGCAGAAGCCAUCAACCUUCAGGAUAAGAACCUGAUGGCCCAGAUCCAGGAGACCACUCGGUGCGUCAGCCGCUUUGACGCGCGCACCUGCAGGAAGCUGCUCGCUGCCAUUGCAGAAGAUUACAGAAAGCGGGCACCGUACAUAGCCUAUCUAACCAGGUGUCGUCAGGGCCUGCAGACCUCUCAGGCCCAUUUGGAGAGGCUCCUCCAGAGGGUGCUAAGAGACAAGGAGGUGGCAAACCGCUACUUCACCACAGUCUGUGUUCGACUUCUCCUCGAACAUAUGGAGUCUAAGAUGCUCGAUUUCAUUAAAGCGUUCCAGGGGUGCACAGCAGCCGACGACAAGACAGCAGCAGUGGAGGAUUUUCUGCGCUACUUGUACGGCGCCAUGGCCCGUGAUGCCAUUUGGCAGUAUGCAAGUGAGGACCAGCUGCAGGAUGCCCAGAUGGCUAUCGAACGCAGUGUUAUGAACCGCAUCUUUAAACUGGCCUUCUACCCCAAUCAGGAUGGAGAUAUUCUCAGAGACCAGCUUUUCCAUGAACAUAUCCAGCGACUCUCAAAAGUUGUGACAGCAAAUCAUAAAGCUCUUCAGAUCCCAGAGGUUUACCUGAAGGAAGCUCCCUGGCCUUCUGCACAGUCCGAGAUUAAGAGCAUCAAUGCAUACAAGACGCCACGAGAUAAAGUCCAGUGUAUACUGCGGAUGUGUUCCACCAUCAUGAAUCUCCUCAGUCUGGCCAACGAGGAUUCUGUCCCUGGAGCAGACGACUUUGUUCCCGUGCUCGUCUUCGUCCUUAUUAGGGCAAACCCGCCCUGCCUGCUGUCCACCGUUCAGUACAUCAAUAAUUUCUACGCCAGCCGGCUGAGUGGGGAGGAGUGCUAUUGGUGGAUGCAGUUCACCGCGGCGGUGGAAUUCAUUAAGACCAUCGACGAUCGCAAGUGAAGCAGAACAGCCACCUGUAUGGGCAGACUGCGGGGGAAGGAGCCGGGAGACUGGGAGACUUCCCAACCAACUGCUCCCUCUGCACAGCUUAUAAAACCUGGCCCUCAGCCUGCUCUGUAUUUGUAUAGCUUGUACAUAGCCAGAGACGUUGAGAGAUUACAAAAUAUAUAUUACUGUACGUAUGUGAACAAAUCCAGGGUUUGAGCCGUAGUGGGGGAAAAAAAACAAACAAACAAAAAAAAAGCCUAUGGGAAAAAUUGGUAACAUAUUAACUUUGAACCUGAUUUGAAUUUUUCCUUUUAUCUUCUUGUCUUUUCAGUCAGGUUUCCUUUUGGGGUCUGUAUUAGGCAUUUUAUAUAUACAUAAUUACAAUAUGACAUUAAAUCAACAUUAUCCUGUAUAAAGGGACCAGACUUC